CUUCUGAAGAAGCUGUCAGCCACGAGCUUCAACAUGGGCGCCCUUGAAGACGCUGAGGUCGGGAGGGACCUGAGGAAGCCACUCCUCCACACAGGGGUGUGGUACACGAGGCAGGGGAAGGCGUCGGGGCAGUCCAGCCUCUCCGGAUCGGCCAAGAUCCUCCGUGGCGGCUCCGUCUCCGUCCUCUGCGUGUUGACAGUUGCCUUAGGCUCUAUUCAGUUCGGAUUCUCUUGUGGAUAUUCGUCUCCUACGGAGGAGGACAUAAUGAGCGACCUAAGCCUUUCGCUCUCGCAGUAUUCGAUAUUUGGCUCCUUGGUGAAUGUGGGAGAUAUGAUUGGGGCAAUCAUGAGCGGCCAGAUGGCGGAGUACAUCGGUCGGAAAGGGUCUCUGAUGAUCGCUGCAAUCCCUAAUGUCGUAGGGUGGUUGGCAAUAUCGUUUGCCAAGGAUUCCUCAAUCUUAUACAUGGGAAGGUUGUUGGGGGGAUUUGGAGUGGGUGUAAUUUCUUACGUGGUGCCGGUUUACAUAGCUGAGAUAUCGCCUGAGAACAUGAGAGGAACCCUUGGAUCUGUGAAUCAGCUCUCAGUCACAAUCGGAACGUUGUUGGCUUACCUUUUUGGACUAUUUCUCAACUGGAGGAUCCUUGCUAUCAUGGGGUCUCUGCCAUGUGCAAUAUUGAUUCCUGGCUUAUUUUUCAUCCCAGAGUCUCCUCGAUGGUUGGCCAAAAUGGGUUUGACAGAGGAAUUUGAAGCCUCUUUGCAGGUCCUACGGGGAUUUGAUACUGAUAUUUCCCUUGAAUUUAAUGAAAUCAAGAGCUCUGUUGCAUCAACAAGCCAAAGAGCAAGGAUCAGGUUUGCAGAGCUCAAGAAGAAAGGAUAUUGGUUUCCUUUAAUGGUAGCAAUCGGACUACUUAUGCACCGGCAACUCAGUGGCAUCAAUGGUGUUUUCUUCUAUUCCACCACAAUAUUUGAAAGUACAGGGAUUUCUUCAAGUAAUGUCGCAACUGUUGGACUCGGUGCUAUCCAGGUUCUCGCCACUGGGGUUGCGACUUGUCUCCCGGAUAAAGCAGGCCGAAGGCUGCUCCUCAUAGUAUCCUCAUCCGCAAUGACUUUGAGCCUUCUGUUUGUGGCUGUGGCGUUCUAUAUGGAGAGUUCUGCUUCAGAAGACUCUAAAUUAUACAGCAUAAUGGGCAUAUUGUCGGUGGUUGGGCUUGUGGCCUUUGUUGUUGCCUUCUCUCUGGGACUGGGAUCUAUUCCAUGGCUUAUUAUGUCUGAGAUUCUUCCGGCAGAUAUUAAGGGCCUCGCCGGUAGCAUGGCAACUUUGGCAAACUGGAUAACAACGUGGAUAAUCACGUUGACAGCAAACUUACUGUUGGAUUGGAGCGCCGGAGGUACCUUCACAAUCUAUGCAGUUGUGGCUGCUUGUAGUGUUGUCUUUGUGAUACUCUUUGUCCCAGAAACAAAGGGGAGAACUCUGGAAGAGAUUCAGUCGUCGUUUUAGAUGAUUCUUGCCUCUUUUUCUCACAUUCAUUUUUGCUGUUUAAUAACAUGGUAGAGAUGCGGGAGCAUCAAAUUCCAUUGAUAAUAA